AUGGCCGUCUUGACCAAGCUGGCGGCCCUCGCGGCGUCGGCCACCCUCGCGGCCGCCGCCACCAUCACCCACAACUUCAACAUCACCUGGGUGAGGGCCAACCCGGACGGCGCCUUUGAGCGGCCCGUCAUCGGCAUCAACGGCCAGUGGCCCAUCCCGCGCAUCGACGCCGACGUCGGCGACCGCCUCGUCAUCAACGUCGACAACCAGCUCGGCAACCAGACCACGUCGCUGCACUUUCAUGGCCUCUUCAUGAGCGGCACCGCCCACAUGGACGGCCCGGCCGGCGUCACCCAGUGUCCCAUCCCGCCUGGCGCCUCGUUUACCUACAACUUCACCAUUGACCAGCCGGGGACCUACUGGUAUCACUCCCACACCCACGCCCAGUACCCCGACGGCCUGCGCGGCCCCCUCGUCGUCCACGACCCCGACUUCCCCUACCGAAAAGAGGUGGACGAGGAGCUGGUCCUGACCCUGUCCGACUGGUACCACGACGAGAUGCAGACCCUCAUCCCGCGCUUCAUGAGCAAGAGCAACCCGACGGGCGCCGAACCCGUGCCCAACGCCGCACUCAUGAACGAGACGCAGAAUAUGACCGUCGCCGUCCAGCCCGGCAAGACGUACCUGUUCCGCAUCGUCAAUAUUGGCGCCUUUGCCGCGCAAUACUUUUGGAUCGAGGGCCACAAGAUGCGCAUCGUCGAGGUCGACGGCGUCUACACGAGGGAUGCCGAGGCCGACAUGGUAUACAUCUCUGCUGCGCAACGCGUCAGCGUGCUUGUCGAGACCAAGGCUGAUGUCGCGGCCAACUUUCCUAUUGUCGCCUGCAUGGACAAGGAGCUUUUCGACGUGCUCCCCCCUGAGCUCAACUACAACUCGACGGGCUGGCUCGUCUACGACGACGCCAAGGUCAAGCCCGCGGCCGCCAUCGUCGCCGAGCUCGACGCCUUUGACGACAUGACGCUGGUGCCCUACGACAACAUGACGCUGCUGCCCGAGCCCGACCGCGUCGUGACGCUUGACGUGCACAUGGAAAACCUGGGCGACGGCGCCAACUACGCCUUCUUCAACAACGUCUCGUACGUCGAGCCCAAGGUGCCGACCCUCUACAGCGCCCUCUCGGCCGGCGACCAGGCCGUCAACCCGGCCGUCUACGGCGAGUACUCGCAGCCCUUUGUGCUCGAGAGGGGCCAGGUGGUGCAGAUUGUCCUCAACAACCUCGACCCGGGCCGUCACCCCUUUCACCUGCACGGGCACAACUUCCAGGCCAUUUACCGCUCGGACGAGGAGGCCGGCACGUUUGGGGACGUUGACCCGGCCGAUGCGAAGUUUCCAAGCGUGCCCAUGCGCAGGGACACGCUCGUCGUCUGGCCCAACGGCAACAUUGUGCUGCGCUUCAGGGCCGACAACCCAGGCGUCUGGCUCUUCCACUGCCACAUCGAGUGGCACGUCGUCUCGGGUCUCAUCGCCACCUUUGUCGAGGCCCCCGCCGAGCUGCAGAAGCAGAUACUCGCCCUCCCCGAGGACCACCUCGACGUCUGCAGGCGCGCCGACGUGCCCACCGUCGGCAACGCCGCCGGCAACACGGUCGACCUACUCGACCUGAGCGGCCAGAACGAGCCCCCCGCUCCUCUGCCCGAAGGCUUCACCGCCCGCGGAAUCGUCGCCCUCGUUUUCAGCUGUCUGGCGGGCAUACUCGGUAUCUGCGUCAUAGCGUGGUACGGCCUGGCCAAGCCCGUCGACUCGAUCCCGCGCAGUUGA